CAUUUUCUCUUAUCUUCUUUCAAAAUGGCUGCUACCCUGGCGAAUGGCAGCGCAGAUGCGCCUAUUGAGGUGUCUGCUAUCCCCACUGUUGUUGGUAUCAACUUCGGUAACUCGUACGCGUCCAUCGCAGUGCUAAACAAGGAGGGAAAUGCGGACUGUAUUGCCAACGAAGACGGAGAGCGUCAGAUUGCUUGCGCCAUUGCGUUCCAGGGCGAGGAGAUGUACAUUGGCAAUCAGGCCAAGCACCAACUCGUCAAGAACUCCCAAAACACUAUUAUUGGCUUCAGAAAUUUACUGGGCAAAAAGUUCUCCGAGAUCGCUGUCGACAAGCCAACGACUUCUGCGCUUGUUAUCCAGCACCCCGAUAUCCCUGACACUCCUGCCUACAAGGUUCAAAUUCUCCAGCCUGCGCCCACUCCUCUUCCUGUGUCCAAGGUCACCUCGGCUGCCGUUACCCCGGCAGCCUCGAACGUCGCAACCCCCAGGUCUGAGCCGAUUUCCACCACUCGCAUCCUGACCGUUAGCGAGGUUACUUCCGUCUUCUUGAGAUCUCUCGUUCAAUCAGCGGAAGACUUCCUCGGUCGUAAAGUGCAGGGUGCCGUCAUUACAGUUCCGACCUGGUUUGGUGACGAGCAGAAGAAGGCCCUCGGGGACGCAGCUAGCGACGCUGGAGUCACCGUUCUGCAGUUGCUCGAGGAAGCUGGCGCUGCCGUCGUCACCACCACCUUGGCACCUCGCUCCGAGAACGACAGCCUUCCUGAAGACCGCACCCAGCUCCUCGUCGACCUCGGCGCAUCUGGUCUCGAGCUGUCUCUGCUGUCCGUCCGCCAGGGCCUCGCACACUCGCUCGCCACGCUCUCCGACCACAGCGUCGGGGGAGACGCCAUCGACGACAGGCUGAUCAAGUUCUUCGCCAAAGAGUUCACCAAGAAGACCAAGACGCCGCUCACGGUCGCCCCUGCCACCGAACCCCAGGACAAGCGUGCCGAGGCGAGACUCCGCCUCGCAGUCGAGCAUACCAAGCGCACGCUCUCCGCGUCGACCGGCGCCGCGACAUGCUCCGUCGAGUCGCUCAAGGACGGCCUCGACUUCACUGGGGCAAUCAACCGGCUGCGGUUCGACAUGGAGAUGCGUCCGAUCUACGACGGCGUCUACAAGAAGGUUCAGGAGCUCGUCGAAGGAGCUGGCCUCGAUCUCUACGAUGUCGACGAGAUCGUCUACGUCGGCGGCUCCGCGAGUCUGCCCGGGCUGGACGAGGCGCUCGCGGCGGGCUUCCAUGAGAACGUUGUGACGCCGUUCACGGCAGGCACAGUCGUCGGUGGCGGCGUCGGCGACCCGACGACGAUUCUCGCGCGCGGUGCAGCGCUCCAGGCGAAGCUGCUCGCGACGCUCGGCGAAGGUUCUGAGGAGGAGCGGGAGGUCAAGGCGGCGUUCGCGCCUAGCAGUCGGUGGCAGGAAGCGAAGGCGACGACCAAGACGAUCGGACUCAUCUUCCCUGAGGAAAACGCUGAGUCCGCACUUGGUGGGCAAUGGAUCCCUGUGGUGCUGCGCGAGACCGCGCUGCCGUGCCGGCGCACCGUGCGCUUUGAUGUCGACCUCGGCGAGAGCGAUGGCGACAAGAAGGUCGGCUUCGAGGUGUGGGAGAUUAAGGAAGGUGUAAAGUUCACGAAAGAAGCGCCACCGAAGUUUGAGGGUGACGACGAAGACGCCGAGGAGGACGAGGAAGAGGAGGAGAUCGAGACGAAGGAGAAGACGCUGGAGAAGGAGAGUCUGCUGACGUCGCUUGUGCUCGACGCCAAGAAAGCGCAGAAGGCAGGCGGCGGUCGCUCGAAGACGAAGUUAGAGGUGCAAUUCAUGAUCGGCGAGAGUGGCGAACUGAGUAUUACUGCGUUUGAGGCUCCCGAUGGUGAAAAGGUGACCGCCAGCGUUGCUACAUCUCUCUGAUUUCUCGUAGUGGCAUCACAUUCGGACGAAUGAGACAUAGCACGUAGCUGAUGCCCGUGUGAGAACUCGUUCGCUCGAGUUGAAGGACGAUGCAGUCAAUGUUGAAGACCUGGAAAAAGUAUUUACGAAUCGAAGUGCUAGAGGGC